AUGUAUGUUUGUCAAUUGAAGACAUGCCAUAUCCGGCCGAAGUACGUCGAACAUGGACGUCAACAUCCGUAUUGCAGCAGGACAUGCGCGAGGGACGGCCACAACCGCGCUUCCUCCUGCAUGCUGGAAGGGUGCCGGGAAGAAGGGGACCCUGCACAGGGCGGGUUCUGUUCUGAACAACAUGCCAGAGAUGCAGUUCGAUCGAAACAACUGAAGGCAUGCACUAGCUGCCGUUGGCGCCCCCGGACUGUAGGCAUGCUAUGCGCAUCAUGCAGCGCGAAGACUAGCUCUGGCCCAGCUCUGAUAGAAUUGAGCUCCGAAGGUAGGACCUUCCGGCGCGUUGCCGAUGACUUCCUUCGUGCAUGGAAGGGCAACGAUCCUCCCUCCGUACGAAAGGUUGUGGAAAUACAGCUGCCUCAGGAGAUCCGCACGCGGCACUAUCAAUACCGCAAGGGCUUAGAGUCCACUUCAGCAAUCCGAGAGGUGCCUACUUAUCAUUCUUCGCAAUGCAUCUGCGACUUCGGAGUAAAAGACCUCUGCCUCUGCAAUUGGGAUUCGUGCGGAAUCUGCAAGAUCAUAAACUCGUCCUUCUCCGAACUCGCCUUCGGUGAUACGUACGAUAACGGCAGCUUGGGGCGGGGGAUCUACUCAUCCCGCAGUUCUGCGAGCGCAGAUCAAUUUGCGACAUCCUCGACCACUUCUCCCUACCGUGCAAUGCUUGCUUGCACUGCUGAUGUCGACGGGGAUCGAGUCUUCGUCAAAAAUGCCGACGCAAUUGUUCUCAAAUACGUGAUCCUAUAUUCCAAACGAACCGACCAGCGAUCAUGA